AUCCAAGUUUGCUCUAUGAUUUCCAUGGCUAGUGCUCCUUCUAAACUCCCUGUAAUGGUGUUGGCAUUAGUGGCUACCUCUUUAAUGGUGGCCUCUGCUUCUAAUUUCUACCAAGACUUUGAAAUCACUUGGGGAGAUGGCCGUGGUAAGAUCCUCAACAAUAGUAAGAUUCUCACUUUGUCACUUGACAAGGCUUCUGGGUCUGGCUUUCAAUCCAAGAAAGAGUAUAUGUUUGGGAAUAUUGAUAUGGAACUCAAACUUGUCCCUGGCAACUCUGCUGGAACCGUCACUGCCUAUUAUUUAUCUUCCAAGGGGGCAACAUGGGAUGAGAUAGAUUUUGAGUUCUUAGGGAACCUCAGUGGAGAUCCUUACACUCUUCACACCAAUGUGUUUAGCCAAGGCAAAGGCAACAGGGAGCAGCAGUUCCAUCUCUGGUUCGACCCAACUGCAGAUUUCCACACUUACUCCAUCCUCUGGAAUCGACAAAACAUUAUUUUCUCUGUGGAUGGAACUCCUAUCAGAGAGUUCAAGAACAAGGAGUCAAUUGGGGUUCCCUUUCCAAAGAGCCAACCAAUGAGGAUCUACUCCAGUCUAUGGAACGCCGACGAUUGGGCGACAAGAGGGGGGCUCAUCAAGACUGAUUGGAACCUAGCUCCAUUCACUGCUUCUUACAGAAACUUCAAUGCCAAAGCCAGCUGUGUUGUUUCUACUUCUGGGUCUUCUUCUUGCAGCUCCAAAUCUGCCUCCUCUGCUUCAAACAACACUGCCUGGCUCUCCCAAGAGUUGGAUUCAGGUAGCCAAGAGAAAUUGAAAUGGGUGCAGAAGAAUUACAUGAUCUAUAACUACUGCACUGAUACUAAACGAUUCCCUCAAGGCCUUCCUCGAGAGUGUGCUGCUGCCAAUCAACACUAAAGACUUAAAUAGAGAUAAUAUAUAGUUACUAGUCAUA